AUGAGGGGACCUCCAAAACGGUACGUGCGGUUGCUUGUGUUUUUAGCGCUGUUUAUUGUUCCAGUGGCCGUGGUGAGAACAUGGUUGCAAUGGCACAGACAAGCGAGUCAUACUCUUAUGAAAACAGUACUUUUCUCAGCAGCCCCAGAAGAACGCAACAAUAUAAAGGCUGCCGAAGCAUUGCGAGCUAAGUAUCAGGACGGCUAUUUCAUCGCCAGUGUGGGAGUUUCAUCCUGCUUUUACAUAGGCAAUUUUUUUGAAGUAUGUCCUUCUUUCGCCAGACACCGUAACCAUCACAUACAAACGCAGUUCCCACUCGAAAGAGAGUUUCGGAUAGUGCAUAAGGAUCUGACGCGAACAAGCAGCCUUCGUCUCGCUGGAUUUUCUCGUUAUUUGAGCUACGAGACCAUCUCUGUGGAACAAGUGGUUAAGUUCCUCACGAACUCCGAAGAACAGAUUUACAUUUUAGAGCAGUUUGAGCCCAUCUCCGAGCGUUCAGAACCUUUAAGCAAGGACAUAAUGAUUUCUCUAAGGGCCCUGACUGAAAAAAGCGUGGGUCAAACAGAUUUUGUCACAGAGCUUGAUGUGCUUUUCGGAUCCGAUAGUGUAGAGCCUAGAGUUGGUUGGCACAUGUCAAGAGAGUGGGCUAUUGAACUUGGUAAUAUGCCCAAGUACAUUUCAGUCAAGAAACACGCUUCUCCUGUCAAACCUCUAUCGAUUCCUCGCCUGGAAGCAGACUCUCAAGGCACCUUCAAGAUUGUGCAGUUGGCCGACCUUCACUAUAGCGUAGGUGAGGGCCAUUGCCGGGAUGAGUUUCCAAAACAUGAUGUCUGUCAUGCGGACUUAAAGACUUUAAGCUUCAUAGAAAAAGUCUUGGACGCCGAGAAACCACAACUUGUAGUCUUCACAGGUGAUCAAAUAAUGGGUGAUACGUGUUUCCUGGAUUCUGCGACGGCACUUCUGAAAGUAGUGAAUCCCGUUAUCAAAAGAAAAAUACCAUAUGCAAUAGUAUGGGGUAAUCACGAUGAUGACGGAAGUCUUGACAGAUGGCAAUUAUCGCUCCUUGCGAGAUCUUUGCCUUUCUCUAUUUUCCAGAUAGGUGAACAAGAUACUAACGACAGAACGUUUGGCGUGGGGAACUACGCACAUCACAUUAAUGAUGAGAACGGAAACCCGAUUUCUGCCCUAUAUUUCCUUGACUCUCACAAAAUGGCACCCAAUCCGAAAGUGAACGGCGCUUACGACUGGAUCAAAGAAGAUCAGUGGAAAUAUUUUCAAAAUUAUGAAAAUAGCUUUCCUAAUCAAAAAGAUUCCUUGUCAAUGGCAUUUUUCCAUAUUCCUCUACCUGAGUACUUAAACUUUCAAUCUAAAUACUCGCCAGAUUACCAAAAUCCAAUGGUUGGGAAGAUGAAUGAAGGAAUUACGGCGCCUCGGUACAAUUCAGAAGGACUGAAGAUGUUACGCCAACUGGGCGUGAAAGUGACCAGCGUUGGUCAUGACCAUUGUAACGAUUUUUGUCUGCUUGAUGACUCUCAGUCGCCUGCGAAUGAGGAUAAGAUUUGGCUGUGUUAUGGCGGAGCUGCUGGCGAGGGUGGAUAUGCAGGGUACGGUGGAACGGAGCGUCGGAUAAGAGUCUAUCAGCUGGACUUCGCGAGUAAGAAAAUCGAAACAUGGAAAGUCUUGAACAGUUCACCAUCUGUCCCAUUCGAUCAGCAGGUUUUGGUCAACGCUGGGUCUCCAAAAACUGACUAA